GCCAAUAAAUUCGAGACCUUUUCAAUAAUUCAACUGAACCCCUUGCGCGUAAAAUUUAUUUACAAAAUAAUUUAAGGUCCUGUUGUUGUGUCUUUCCAUUCCCAUUUAUAUAACUAAAACUAGAAAACAUCUGAAUGUUUUCUCUGGUGGCCGACUAUGGAGAUAGUGAUGAGGAAAACAAUUCUUCCGAUUCAUCAGCAGCUGCCAGUUCCGCCGGAAGCGAGAAUCCCUCGGAUGAGGAAGGUCAUGAGCAAGCUGUUAAAAAGAGUGAAGCCCCGGCGACACUCCCAAGUGCCACAUCGAUGUUUUCCAACGACAAAAGAAUCAUGCCGGGAGGUGUGUUCAGUAAUCCGUUCAAGGAAGCUGAGGAUGCAAAAAUGGCCAGCUUGGAAAAGCAUGUUAAAAUGAUCGAUCCAGAGCACGAAAUCAACGAACAGAAGCGCAAAAUUUGCUGGAGCUACCGGAAGGGUCGCUGCAGGUUCGGGAGUCAAUGCAACUUUGCGCACGAUUCAGAUCUGAUCCUGCGAAAGGAUAUGUUCGGCAGUACUUCAGCAGAGGAUCAGGAAACCGGCGAAGGUGAACAGGUCUGUGACCAGAAAGUCGGUCAAAAUCUGCUCAAAAAGAAACCGAUUACUUUAAAUAAUAAAAAGAAAAGGCCAGGUUUGAGCAGGGAAUUGGUUCCUCCCAAGAAGGUUCUCAAAAUGUACCACCGAGAGAAGAUUAGCAGCGGAAAACCAUAACGAAGUAGCGUUGUGAGAGCUAAUGUAUAAGUAUUAACAAUAUAAAAUUAAUAUGGGUAAGAUUGUUGUUCUUAUAAUAGAAUAUUGUAGGGGGAUAUCUUGAAUUCAUUUCCUUUUCAAAUAUUAAUUAGGCCUCAGUAAACUAACUCCGAAAAAAAUCGAUAUUUGUAAGUGAAUAAGUUUUUGUAGAAGUGUGAUUUAAUUUUUUUCUAGACUAACAAAUUUCUUAAAUGACUAGUUGGUCAACGAUUAUAAGGCGUUUUUAGGUACAAACUGCCUCCAAAUCCCUGGAAAAAUAAAAAAGCAGAGGCCGUUAAUAACUAUUUUGAAUAUCUAAGCACUGUAAUUGGGUAGUUUGCAAUCAUUUCAAGAGAAUUGAUCACAUUUAUAAUUCUAUCAGUAAUUAUUUUCAUUUCUGUCUAAAAAAAAUAGAUUGUUUUAAGUUGAAACCGCGCAUGUUCAAACGCGAAAUAAAUUAUCAUUAAAACUA